AUGGUCCAUCUCGCUUCCGCCCUUCUCGUGGCCAGCGCGGCCUUUGCCGUUGCCGCUCCCGCCAACGAGAUCUUUGAGCGUCAGACCUGCUCCGUCCAGGCCAACUACCCGACCCAGAACAAUUCCAAGCUCCCCGAUCCGUUCACCAGCGCCAGCGGGCAAAAGAUCACCACCAAGGCCGACUUUGAGUGCCGCCAGGAGGAGAUCAGCAAGAUCAUGCAGCAGUAUGAGUUCGGUGUCUACCCACCACCCCCCGACAGCGUCACCGGUACCAUGAGCGGAAACAACAUCCAGGUCCGCGUGACUGUCGGCAGCAAGAGCAUCACCUUCAGCGCCGGCAUCCGCAAGCCAUCCGGCAGCGGUCCUUUCCCCGCCAUCAUCGGUGUCGGUGGCGCCUCCAUCCCCAUCCCCAGCAACGUUGCCACCAUCACCUUUGGCAACGACGCCUUCGGUGCCCAGUCCGGUAUGGGUUCUCGCGGCCGCGGUCAGUUCUACGACCUCUUCGGCAGCAGCCACUCGGCUGGUUCCCUUACCGCUUGGGCUUGGGGUAUUGACCGGUUGAUCGAUGCUCUGGAGAAGACCCCUGCUGCGGGUAUCGACACCACACGUCUCGGCGUGACCGGCUGCUCCCGCAACGGCAAGGGUGCCUUUGUUGCCGGCGCCUUCGUCAAGCGUAUCGCCCUCACCAUCCCCCAGGAGUCCGGUGCCGGUGGUGCGGCCUGCUGGCGCAUCUCUGACCAGCAAAAGUCGUCUGGCGCCAACAUCCAGACUGCCAGUCAAAUCAUUGGCGAGCAGCCCUGGUUCUCCAAAAACUUUGACGCGCACGUCCGCUCCAUCACCAACAUCCCGCAGGAUCACCACUUCCUUGCGGCCAUGAUCGUGCCCCGUGGUCUCGCCGUGUUUGAGAACAACAUCGACUGGCUCGGCCCCGUCUCCACCACCGGCUGCAUGCGUGCUGGUCGCCAAAUCUACAAGGCUUACGGCGUGCCCAACAACAUGGGCUUCUCGCUCAUCGGUGGCCACAACCACUGCCAGUUCCCCAGCGGACAGAACUCGGAGCUCAACCAGUACAUCAACUACUUCCUGCUCAAGAGCGGCACCGCCCCCGGCUCGGUGGAGCGCAGCACUUCCAACGCCAACACUGAUGCUUGGUACCCAUGGGCCGCCAGCGCUCCCACCCUUUCCUGA